GGAAGUGUAUAAAGCCGAUCGGAAAGGUGAGGGAAGGACUUAGUGUACUGAUACGCUUGGUAGUGGACUUCGGAUAAUAAUUAGUGAAAAGAAAAGCCCCUUCGAAAAUAUGAGAGCGAUCGUUCUCGCCUCCCUGGCCUUGGUGGCCAUGACGGCUGCCGCCGCCACCGUUCCCCGAACCGCUAACCAAGAGGAAAACCUUAAACUGAUGCAGCAGGUCAUGACGAAGUCUUUUGCAUCAACCCGGAAGGGCGUCGACGAUCCCGAGAAGCGAAUCAUCAUCGAGAACUUCUUCACAACCCGUGUCGAUCACUUCAACGCGCAGAAUACGGCCGAAUGGACGCUGCGGUACUUUGCAGUCACCGAUUACUACAUUCCCGGAGGACCCAUUCUGAUAUUCCUUGGCGGCACUAGUCCGAUUGUCACCUCGAUGGUCGAUGAGUCGACCUUGAUUUACGAAAUGGCUCGGGAGUUGAACGGCGCUGUCUAUGCGUUUGAAUCUCGGUUCUACGGCCAAAGCAUCAUCACGGAGGAUGUGAGUACCGAAAAUCUGAGCCUACUGAACGUGGAUCAGAUUCUGGCUGAUUUGGCUGAGUUUGUUCGAUACUUGAAGGUGGAAGUUUUGAAGAAUGAAUAUGCCAAGGUUCUUGUAUCUGGCAGUGAACUCGGUGGUGGGUUAGCCACCUGGUUCCGAGUUCGUUAUCCACAUCUGGCAGAUGCAGCAUGGUCUUCAAGUGGUCACCAUCACGCUGUAAUGGAUUUCCAGGAGUUCUCUGAAGCCUGGGGACAAACUUUGAUUGAUUACGGUAGUCAGGAAUGCUACAACGAUAUAUUCGUGGCCUUCCACGUCAUGCAAAAUCUUAUCGAUAUUGGUUUGGCCAAUAUUUUGUACGACAAAUUCAAUAUUUGCUCACAAGUUGAUCCAGAGAACCGUCUCCAAGUGAUGUACUUCUUCAGUGUAAUGAUGACCGCCGUCGAAAUCUACACGCUUCGGAAUGGAGACCUCGAUGAUUUUGCAGACGUUUGUCAGGACAUUACCAGUCCCCAAUUUUCUACGUCAUUGGAUGCCUUCGCUUACUGGUUCAACACCAAGUUUGCCGAAGACAUUGGCUGCGUUGUGGUUGACGUUGAUACCAUGGUAGAAGCCUUCAGUGAAACAGAAUGGGACGCGGCAUUCAACGCUUUGGGAGCUCGCCAGGCUUUGUAUCAGAUGUGCAACGAAUUUGGUUGGUUCUUCACAACAGAUUCGGACUUCCAGCCGUUCGGUAGCCGUGUUUAUCUGGAACUGUACUCUGAAACGUGCCGCAAGGUGUUCGGCGAUUGGAUAACCUUCGAGUCUAUCUACUAUGCCACCGUAAGAGCCAACAAUCGGUUUGGCGCAAGUGCGCCCGUAAUCACAAAUGUGCACUACACAAACGGUGCCGAAGAUCCGUGGCGCAUGAUCGGUAUUACCACCGACCGUAAUGCUUACGCUUUGGCCGAUGUGAUCCCAAGAGAGUUGAGCAGUGCGGACUUGCCAGCCACUUCCGAGAAUGAUUCCGAGGAACUGCUAGAAGUUAAACGCCGGGUGAAAUCACUCAUCAGCUACUACUUAUAUCCAGCGACACCGAGGGAAGCACCGAAGUCGGACGAUACCGUUGUGUAAGAAUAUACGUUGAAUAAUGUAUUAUAUGGAAAAUAUAGGAAAAUGUUUCUAAUCUUA